UUGCAUAUGACUUAUAGACUUAAAGACAACAACUUUUUGAUUAAUAGAGACAUUGAUUGAAAAAUAGGAUAACAUUUCAAUUGAAUUACUUAUAGUCUAUAACUUAUAGUAAACUAAUAUUUGAUUAGUUUGUAAGCAAAUUGUUUAUAUAUUAGUGUCAAGUGAUAGCAAUUAGUAAUUGUUUUCAAACACUCAACAACUUUGAAUUGAUUAUUGUCUUCAUUUAAUACUACAAUGAAUGACACACUAACACAACUGUCACAGCAUUUGAUGCAAACACUAUCACCCGAUGCCGGUGUCCGCAAAAGUGCCGAAAAAUAUUUGGAGUCAAUUGAAGCUAAUGAAGGAUUUGGUCCACUUUUGCUUCAAUUGGUUGAUUGCAAUCAAUUGCAUCUAACUGUACGUAUGAGUGGUGCCAUUGUCUUCAAAAAUGUAAUUAAAAGAAAUUGGCCUCAAAAUGAAGACAUUACUAACAAAAUUAGUGAAAAUGACAGAAACCAAAUCAAAUCAGUGAUUAUUGAUCUUAUGUUGAAAAGUCCGGAACAAAUACAGCGACAACUAAGCGAUGCGGUCAGCAUUAUUGGUCGCGAAGACUUUCCUGAUAAGUGGCCAAACCUUUUGGAUGAUAUGAUAACCAGAAUGGGUGGCAAUGAACCCAACUUUAACAUAAUCAAUGGUGUCCUACAAACGGCUCACUCGCUAUUUAAGAGAUAUCGUCAUGAGUUUAGGUCGGAUGAGUUGUGGACAGAAAUCAAAUACGUUUUGUCGCGAUUUGCUGAACCAUUCACUAAGUUGUUUGUCUGGACAGUCGAUUUGGCUAAAACUCACGCAAAUAACACACAAAAUCUCAAAGUGAUCUUCAGUUCACUUGUUCUUUGCGCCAAAAUAUUCAAUAGUUUAAAUACUCAAGACUUACCCGAAUAUUUUGAGGAUAAUAUGUCUGUUUGGAUGAAACACUUUCUUGAAUUGUUAUCAACUGAUUACAAGAGUCUGCAUACAGAUAAUGAUGAAGAAGCCGGUCCUUUGGAACAAUUGAAAUCACAGAUUUGUGACAAUAUAGGAAUGUAUGCAUCAAAAUAUAACGAAGAGUUUGAGCCAUAUUUGCCCGGAUUUGUUGAGUCGGUUUGGAAUCUGUUGAUUACUACCGGCGCUGAACCUAAAUAUGAUAUUUUAGUGAGUAAUGCGAUUCACUUUUUAUCAUCAGUUGCCGAUCGCAGUCAAUAUUCAAAUCUUUUUAAAGCUAAUAAUGUUUUAGACUCUAUUAGCUCUAAAAUUAUUGUACCAAAUAUGGAAUUUAGAGUUUCAGAUGAAGAACUUUUUGAAGAUAAUCCUGAAGAAUAUAUUCGUCGAGACAUUGAAGGUUCAGAUGUCGAUACCAGACGACGAGCCGCUUGUGAUCUCGUGAAGUCAUUGUCGCGAUAUUUUGAGAAAGAAAUGACUCAAGUUUUUAGUCAAUACAUUCAACUAAUGCUUCAAAAGUAUGCUGAAAAUCCAUUAGCGAAUUGGAGGAAUAAAGACGCCGUCAUAUAUUUGGUAACAUCUCUAUCAGUAAAGACAGGAACGUCACGAUUAGGCGCCACUUCAACAUCAGAUUUGGUGAAUAUUACUGAGUUUUAUGUCAAUGUUAUUCGUCCAGAUCUGGAGCGACAAAACCUUAAUGAGACACCUGUUUUAAGAGCUGAUGGUCUUAAAUAUCUAAUGACUUUUCGUAAUCAACUUUCUCUAAAAGAGAUUAUUAUUCCAAGUUUGCCACUAAUCAUACAACAUAUGACGGCUCCCAAUGUUGUUGUGCACACAUAUGCGGCUCAUGUACUCGAAAAACUGUUAACUAUGAGAGAUUCAACACAACAAAAGUUGCCAUCAAUCAAAGUUGAAGAUUUGGAUGCAUAUAUUGGACCACUUCUUAAUGGAUUAUUUAAUAUAUUAACAUUUGCCGGAUCUAAUGAAAAUGAAUACGCAAUGAAAGCUAUUAUGAGAACAUUUAGUUUAUUACAAGAGAGAUGUUUACCAUAUUUUGCUCAACUAUUGCCUAAAUUAACAGCAAAAUUAGCUGAAGUGACCAAAAAUCCUACAAAACCACACUUUAAUCACUACCUCUUUGAAGCAUUGAGUCUCACCAUUCGUAUUGGUUGUCGAAAAGAUCGGUCAUUAGUUUCUAAUUUCGAGUCGAUUUUAUUUCCGAUAUUUCAAGAAAUUCUUAUUCAAGACGUUCAAGAAUUCAUGCCUUAUGUUUUCCAAUUACUUUCAUUGCUCCUCGAAAUGUAUGAUAAAUCUAUUGCCGAACCAUAUAUGGAAUUAUUCCCACAUCUUCUGACUCCAAUUUUAUGGGAAAGACCGGCAAAUAUUGCGCCAUUGGUUCGGUUAUUACAGGCAUUCAUAGAGAAAGGAAGUGAACAAAUAAUUGAUUCAUCAAAAUUACAGCCAUUAUUAGGAGUAUUUCAAAAAUUAAUUGCUUCCAAAACUAACGAUAAUCAAGGCUUUUAUAUUUUGCAAUCGCUUAUUGAGUUCGCAUCGGCAGUCAGUUUGGAGCCAUAUAUGAAACAAGUUUUUAUAAUAUUAUUUCAACGACUAACCAGUUCUAAGACAACCAAAUAUAUUAAAUGUCUUCUCGUAUUUUUUUCGCUAUUUAUUUACAAAUAUGGUGUCCAAACAUUGGCCGACACUAUUGAUUCACUUCAGCAACGAAUGUUUGGAAUGGUUUUGGAGAAGUUAUUCAUUCCAGAGGUCCAAAAGGUUUCGGGAAGUGUUGAGAAAAAGAUAUUGGCUUUUGGUAUGACUAAAAUCCUGUGUGAACUCGACUCAACCAUUAUUGGGCAAUACUCGCAAUUUUGGGCACCACUUUUGCAGUCAUUAGUGGCUCUCUUUGAGUUACCAGUCGAUGAAUCAGUUCCAGAUGACGAACAUUUCGUUGAAAUUGAAGACACAUUUGAAUAUCAGGCCUCAUAUUCACAGCUCGUAUUUGCCGGUCAUAAGGAAAGGGAUCCAUUGGAAGGAUUGGUUUCUGAUUCACGAAUAUAUUUGGCGCAAUCAUUGAGCAAAUUAUCGACUAAACAUCCGGGAAAACUAAAUCCACUUAUAUCUACUGGUUUACCUCCCGAUGCCAUCACAUAUUUACAGCGCUAUUGUAUGGAAGCAAAUAUCACUAUUUCUUGAAUUAUUAAUGAAAUUAAUGUUUUUAUCA